AACAGAGGACCACAGAGGACGUCGGGAUGACCCGCGCCGUGGAUGUCGUCGCCGUCGCGGCUGCCUAUUAAACACGCCUUCCGACUCGCGACGCUCGCGAGCAUGUGCUCGUAGACGCGGUGCCCCUUGCCGCCGGUCCUCCGCCUCCGACGACGAGAACGAGAUCCGCGCUCAGUCGCGGCCGUCCGCGCCGCAUUUGUUUCCGGCGAUAAUCGAUCGGCGGCAUUUUCAUUACGAGUAAUCCGUGACCAGGCUAACUGUCAAAGAUGUCCAUAGUGCUCAAGUCGCUCUCACUGCUCCUCGGCAUAUUCUUUAUCUUCGUCGGCAUCAUGAAGCUGACGUCGCACAUCAGUAAGGAUCUGCACAAGGAUCUGAGGAAGGACUAUGUUAAGUACGCAAAAGUAUUUCCGCUCUCGAGAACACUUGACUUCAAGGUGCCCAGCAAGUGGUAUCGAAGAGUCGUCGGCUCGCUUGAGAUCAUCUGCGGUCUCACCAUGGCAAUUAUUCCAAGUCACAAAGUUAAGAACAUAUCGAACACAGUGCUGUGUCUCUUGAUGCUAUUGGCCGUGUACUCUCACUAUAUGGUCAAUGACAAAUUCGAGAGGAUCGCCCCGGCACUGGUAUUCUUCUUUAUGCUGACGGGGCGACUGGUGAUCGAUUGGCAGCUUAAGCGGGAAGAGGCGAAAUCGGUGUCGGCGAACGGUGUCGACGAUAAAACUAAGAAGCAAGACUGAGCGGGAUUACAGUUGGAAAACGUGUUGUCUGUUUUCAUUUUAAACUACUUAAUUCCGCGAUUUUAUUUCUGGGACACUAAUUCUGUGAAAGAUUAGUUAAUUUAUUUUAAACGUAGACUCGAGAGUCCCAUUCUUCCAAAAAUAAAACUUUUGUUUCAAGAUACAGUUAUUCAAUAUAUUUCAUUGGUUUUUUUUCUAUAUGAAGUUUCGAUACACAAUAAAAAAAACUAUGUAAUGUGUAGAAAGAAAGAAAACGAUAAUUUGGGAUUUUGUGGAUUAGACUUGUAAACAAAUGCCUCUGGAAAUGAAAGCAAGAUGAGAAAUAUGUAUAAUUUACAGUGAUCACUUUUAAUGUAAUUAGUGAAUUUUUGUUGCACUCUAUGUGUUACUCUGCGCACUAUAUUGCAAUAUAGUUUGCAGAUAAAAAAACGAGCGUUGUUAAAGCACAAGAUUUGUAAUUAAUGGAAGUAAAAAAAGAACAUCCAUUUUUAAUCUUAUGAUGGAAUAUUUUUUAUCGCCAAUGCGAAUCGGUGAAUAUGUGAUGUGUAUUUUUUUCGAUAAUUUAAUGAUAAUUAAAAAUCUAUAUUUUAAAAUUUGAUUUUUAAUAGUAAUUAUAGUCCAAUAAUUAGUAAGUAUUGUUUCCGGUAAUUGAUGAUAGUGGUUCGUCUCGCAAUAUCGGUCCAUUAAGACACCAUUGUAUUAAUGUCGAUUGUCGCUGGCCAUGAUUAAAGAAUUGAUCUUCCUCUAUAUAUAUUACAGUUAUUACAAUGAUACAAAAAUGACAAAUCAUCGUUAUCAAAUAUAAUUAAUACAUCAAUGAAAUUAAUUUUGAAAAUAAAUCAGUUUGGUCAAGUUCUUUUAAUUGAUAGUUUUCUUUUAGUCCGUCAAGUCGUAAUAAUUAUUAUACGACAUUAUAAAUGAUAUUAUAUAUGGUGUCCCAAAAUUAGUGAAUACUAUAGCAAGAAAGUUCUUGAAAAAUUAAGUAAAAUAAUUAUUUGUAGAUUUUAAAUGUUCUUUUUAACUGAACUGACUAGUUCAGAAUUUAUCUUUCUUCUUUUAAAAGGAAAGAAAGAAGAUAAACUCUGAACUAGUGUUUAGCCGAUUCAGCCAAAAAGAACUUUAUUAAACCUUUUAUUUCAAGCGGUAAUUUUUAAGAUAUAGAAGUUUGAAACACUAGCCAAUCACUAACUGCUAUUACUACUAUUACUAUUACGUUUAGAUUUAUGGACUCAUAUGUGAGUCUAUGAAUGACGCGACUAGUAAUAUUAGUAACAGUAUGACAGCCGUCUAAACGUAAUCUCUGAUUAAUCAGCUAGUCUUUUGACUCAUUUAUUGAUGAUAUAAUCAAAUUCGUUGAUUAUUGAAUUUAAUGCUUGAUGUCCAUGAAACCGUGGUACUACAAUUUAAACGAAGAAAUUCAAAAACUAUAAGAAAAAGAUUAAUCAGUUUUUAGCUAUUAUAUCUAAAAAAUUAUUGCUUGAAAUAAAAAAUUACAAAUACUUAUUUUACUUAAUUUUUUUAGAACAUUUUUACUAUCUUGAUUCACGAAUUUCAGGAUACCUUGAAUAUAAAACAUUAUACAAUUGUAAUAUAAGCUACAUGAUAUGAAUAACAUAUAGGAUAUUACAGUAUAAAUAGUUAAACUAGAGACACUCUUUAUUAUAUUAAACAAUUAUGUAUAAUAUAUAAAGAAUGAUAUAUAAUCAUAGGAGGCUAUAAUAUAAUUGUUGACUAGCUGUAGUAUAAACAGAGAAAGAGAUUUAAUCUGCUAUGCGUAAUAAUAUAAUCGACAUUGAUGCGACCAAUCCUCAGUGAGUCAUACUAGCUUAAACACGAGGUACUAACUGCCACUUGAAUGAAUGUGUUCUUAUAUGUACCGUGCGAGCGUGUGUGUAUGGACAUAUAGAAAAUGUUUCUUAGUAAUUGAGAUACAUGUGCGCACUAGCUUUAAUUUAUUUCUUAAAACCUCUACGUGCGAAUAACGAGUGUGAUCAAACAAUUUGAUAAAUAAAAGCAAAAUUGAAACUGUCAGGCA